AUGACUUGGCCUGAAUGCACCUGUCAAUAUACUAUAAGAGGAGUUCCUGAAAGUUAUGCAGUGUUAGGUGAAAAUUAUACAUUACAAUGUACUGUUACAGAUUCACCUGGUCUUGUAGAGUUCCGUAGAAACAAUAUUGUUGUAUGUAGUAUAUUCUCUGAAUUCUGUGAGAGUCAACCAAUAGAUAAUAGAUAUAAAUGUGGAUGUAUAAAUAAUAACAACAAAACACUAUAUCUCAAUAUAAGUAAUAUAAAUAAACAAGAUGAUACAACAUGGUCUUGUAGAGGUGAUAUUGACAUAAGUAUAUCAACUUCUGUACCAGUUUAUUAUGGUCCAGAGAAUAUAAGAUUUAACCCUUCUAGUGAUAAUAUAGAUGUUAUAGAAGGAAAGAGUCAGAAUGUCAACUGUUUAGCUGAUUGUAAUCUAGAUUGUAACAUCACCUGGUCUAAAGAUGGUUCAACAACAAUUCUAAACAACCCUUUAUCACUUAGUACUAGAGAUCAAACUGGUUCUUAUACCUGUACAGUUACACAUACUGUAUUAAAUAAACAACUUACAAAACAACUUAAUGUUCAGAUUUAUUAUGGUCCUGAUGAACUUACUUUCUCACCAGAUAUAAUAAGUAUCAAUAUAAUAGAAGAUGGUCCUGAUAAACUUACUUUCUCAUCAAAUGUAACAAGUAUCAAUACAAUAGAAGAUGGUCCUGAUAGACUUACUUUCUCAUCAGAUGUAACAAGUAUCAAUAUAAUAGAAGAUGGUCCUGAUAAACUUACUUUCUCAUCAGAUGUAACAAGUAUCAAUAUAAUAGAAGAUGGUCCUGAUAAACUUACUUUCUCACCAGAUGUAACAAGUAUCAAUAUAAUAGAAGAUGGUCCUGAUAAACUUACUUUCUCACCAGAUGUAACAAGUAUCAAUAUAAUAGAAGGUGGAGAUCAAACUAUAACAUGUUUAACUGAUUGUUAUGAAUGUAAUUAUAAAUGGACUGGACCAGUUUCAUCAUCAACUAAAGAUCUUGUAUUGACUCAAAUAAAAAGAAAUCAGGAAGGAAACUAUAGAUGUGAAGCUACCAAUAUUAAAAAUACCAACCCUAAAACAAGAUCUAAAUCUAUACAAGUUAAUGUACAUUAUCCACCUAAUAUAACCAGUAUAACAUCUGAUGCUGUAAAUAACGAAGCUGAUGAAGGUUUUGAUGUCAAAUUUAACUGUAGUGUUGAUAGUAAACCAGUAUCUACUAUAACCUGGUCAUCUUCUACUAGUACUGAUACUAACACUGGUCAACAGUGGACAUUAACUCAAGCUAAAUGUCAGGAUACAGGAAUCUAUACAUGUACAGCUAAUAAUGGUAUUGGUCAGACAACUACUAAAUCUUUACCAUUAAAUAUCAGAUUUUCUUCUCGAUUAAAUGAUAAAGAGGAAUUCCUUUCAGGUUCACCAAGAAUUAAUGGUGAUUUAAAAGAUGAAGUAAUGAAUAGACUAGGUGAAGAAGUUACAUUACUUAUUGAUGUUAUAGCCUAUCCUAAACCUAGUUUUAAAUGGAUACGAGAAUCAACAGGACAAGAAUUAACACCAGAUACAACUCAACAAGUAGCUACCAAUAAUUAUAUUUCAAGUUUAACAGUCACAAUACAACAAUCUUCAUUUGAUAACUACAUUGUAACUGUUAAUAAUAGUAUAGGUGAUGAUAAAAGUUAUACUAUAAAGAUUAUUGAUGGGGAUUCCUCCAAACCUGAACCACCAUCAGAAUUAAAUAUUCCUGCUGUUGUUGGUGGAAUAGUAGCUGCAGUUGUUGUUAUAACAAUUGUAAUUGUAGCUGUAAUUGUGAUUAAGAAAAAAAUUAUUCCAAACGAAGUGUAUGUGAGUAGUGAUGCUGUAAGAACACCUCAUGACAAUCCAGCUAUGGAAAUCCUGGAAAAUGAUCUGUAUGUAGGCAGUGAUGCCUUUUUUGGUAAAAAUCCAGAUGUAAUCCCCAAAGUGAACACCAAAGAUGAAGAAGGAGGAAUAUUUUCUCAGCCAGUUCCUCAAGCAGAACCAGUAUAUGGACAAGUUGAUAAACCAAAGAAGACCAAAGCUAACAAGAAGAAAGAGGUGCCUAAGAAGCCACCUAAACCAAACAAACAACCACCUGUUCCAGGCAAAAUAGGAGAGGGCAACAACAAUGAAGGUGUGUACCAGAAUACAGGUGCUUUAGGAAAAGAGAAGAGAAAAAAUGUUGAAGGUCUGAAUUAUGCUGAUGUGGUCUUUUCAAACAAGAAACCAACCAAUAAAGUCCAAGGAAAGAAGGAAGAAACAGUGUAUGUGGAAAUUGAUCCAAAGAAAAGGGGGAAACCUCUUCCCGAAGAAGACAGUGAUUAAUAUUGAGUUUUAGAUGUUCUUUUUUAUAAUCCAUGUCUUCCUGCAGACUAGGAAUUUUUUUUAUUUGAAUUAUUAUUAUUAUUAUUGCCCUUAGAAUAAGUUUU